GGAAACUAGAAUAUUGUAAAGAACGUGUAGGAUAGGAUAGUUUGCAUUUGACGAAUCAAACGUUUUAUUUGUACAAAAUUUCGCUAACUGCAUUUUAAUACCAAGUGGACGAAGUCGGAGAAAGCCUUUUAUUCACCCAAGAGCUAGUUCGAUAACUGUAGCGCCAAAACCCCAUACGCACUUUCACGGCAGUAUGUAGGCCUACAUAGACCUAUAUAUGCAGACUUCGGUGUGGACGGCAGGCUGUGCCUUUGGCAUUGGUGAAUCGAUCGACCGAUUUAUACAUCAACCAUGCAUAAGAGGGCUUGAAUGUAAACAAACGCUCACAAUAGAAGUCACAUUGUUCCAUCCGCCAUAUUGCGGAUUUUGCAAUCCGGUCUAGAUGACAGAGCCAACUUCAUGGAGUGUGUUGUGCCGCAGUAGUACACUGAAUUAUCUGUCAAUUUCGAGUUCUUUUUUCUUCCUAAGUCGAUGAAAUGACGCUGGUGGUGAAGAAAGAUACGUAGCUCAUAUAACCGCAUACAGUCUUGUCGCCCUACGAGAGAAAGAUGGUUGUUUCUACACGACUCAAGACGGAAAUGGUCUCGGAAUAUAGAGCCGUAUGGAAGGUCUCUUGGUUCACAGUUACAUUGAUAAUGUCAGUAGCAAAAUUGGCAGAGGCACAAAAUUACUCGUAUUGUAUCAACGGCGGGGUGAACCGCAUUACAAACUUCAAAGGUGACAUUUCGUCCAACAUGGAGGGAAAAGCGUACUACCGGAGUGACAUGGACUGCACGUGGGUACUGGACGCUGGAGAGGGAGGGCGCGUGCUGGUCACUGUCCUCAGCUCCAGUUUACAGUGGGCGCCGAACGACGCGACAUGCACCCAGUAUGACCACAUGGAGGUUCGAAAUGGAGAUACGGCAAGUGGUGACGUAAUAGUCACGUGGUGUGGGGACCGGAGUCCGUCUACCCUCAUCAGUACGGGGCGCUAUCUAUACAUCAAAUUUAAAACUAAGUCACAGAAUAACACUGGUGUCCGUUUGAAAUAUGAAACUUUCGACGCCACAUUAUGUCCCCCCGGCUGGCGGGAGUACAGAAACCACUGCUACAAGGUUGAGACCCAUCCACUAUCAUGGGAAGAUGCCCACAGAUAUUGUGUGCGUGAUCAGUCCAACCUAGUCAGCAUCUCCAGCGAGGCGGAGCAGUCAUUUAUUACAGACGCUGUUAAUAGCGUUACUGCCGGUACGGCGUUCUAUGUCUGGAUUGGUGUGCGAUAUGUCCAGCAGUCGUCUGAUUGGCUGUGGAUUGAUAACUCUGUCUCUUACCUUCAGAGUGGUUGGACCAAAAGUGGAACAACGUCUGGUUCGGGAUGUGGGUGUAUAAAACCAAGCACAAAUUCUUGGAUAAGCAAGCUUUGUACACUAGAUAAUAUAUCUGUAUGCAAAAUGAAAAAAGGUGCAGCAACGCAAAUUUUCACCAUUCCUGCCGACAACCCAGUAAGAGAUGAAGGGAGCUACUGGGAAUUUAUUGUAGUAGGCAUCAUCGUUAUCAUAACAGCAUGCUUUAUUGGCAAUUUCAUAAAAGCUAAAUGCACUGGAAAUGUCGAAACCUCGUCUGAGAAUGACUCCGAUGUAACGAGGAGCACGCAGGUCACGCAGCACCAAAGGCCGGCACCACAGCUGCAGAUGACCCGGCUUAGAACUCGCCUCCAGAACUUGCAGGAUCAAGCUCGAGCGCGAUACACUCAAAAUAACAAUAGGGUCUCACAUGCUGCCAACGAAGACACGCUGUAUCAAAAAGACAUCAGCGACAUGCCAGAAACUGGUAAUAUAAGAGCAGGUGCCUUAUCUCCUAUUACGUCAACAUUUCCAUCCGCUCCACCGAUGUAUGACGACGAACCAAGGCAAGGAACCUUUCCCGUCAGAACAACAGCGGCACCUUUCGAUGGGAUUGAAGAACACUCGGGCACGCCCCCUCCGUCCUAUGAAGAAGUAUUUGGUAGUGAAGCGCACAGUAAAUGAGGAGACAAUCGUC